AUGCUGCAGUGCAAACACGCGCAGGAGUUCAGCUUCGGGCCCCGUGCUCUGAAGGACGCGCUCAUCUCCACCGACCCCGCGCUGCAGGAGCUCUACGCCAAGGCCUUCUCCAGGGCGGAGAAGCUGUUCCUGUCCGAGGCCUACAACCCCCAGCGCACGCUGUUCUGCACGCUGCUCAUCCGCACGGCCUUCGACUGGCUGCUCAGCCACCCCGAUGCCCCCGAGGACUUCGAGACCUUCUACCACGCCAUGCUGAGGAGGAAGCAGAACUUCUGUCGGAAGCACAUUUACCUGCAGCCUAUAGAUUUAAUCGAAGGCCCCGCUGGGCUCUCGCUGCUGGAUUCCCUCCAGAGCUGUGUGGAGUCUUUCUUCCUGGGCCUGCGUGUGAAGUGCCUUCCCUCCAUCCCAGUCUCUUCCAUCCACUGCUGCUUCCGCCACAGCCGGGACUCGGACAGGGUGCAGCUCCACGCAGAUGGGAUCCUGAAUUUCCUGAAGAAUAACAAGCCCAUGGAUGCCCUGUGUGUCCUUGGACUUACCCUGCUGGACCUUUACCCAUGUGAAACCUGGAGCUUCACGUUCAGCAAAUUCCUGCCAGGACAAGAAGUGGGAGUCUGCAGCUUUGCCAGGUUUUCUGGGGAUUUCCCCCAGGCUGGAUGUAGCAGCUUGAACCCACCCACGCAGAAGGAAGAGCCCUGUGAAGUCAGCAAGGAGGGCAGGGACCGGACCUUGCAGUUCAGUGCCCAGGAGAUGGUCCAGUGCUGCAAGGUGACCUGCCACGAGAUCUGCCACCUGAUGGGGCUGGGGACGUGCCGCUGGCUGCAGUGCAUCAUGCAGGGCGCCCUGAGCCUGGACGAGGCGCUGCUGCGGCCCCUGGAGCCGUGCCCCAUCUGCCUGCGCAAGCUGCAGCACGUCGUGGGCUUCAAACUCAUCGAGCGCUACAGGAAGCUCUACGCUUGGACACAGACCGUGCUGUCCGCGUGGCCAAGGCAGGAGCCAGCAGAGCUGUCUGCCUCAGAGGACAUCCUCCCGUUCAGCUCCGACUCCGGGCUGUGCUGCGAGAACGACUCCGAGGCCGUGACCUCCCUGUCCGAGCCGCUGACCCCCGACACCUGCAGCCAGGGCCUGUCCAUGGGGCCCGAGCUGGAGCAGGACGAGCAGCCGAGCUCCCUGCACGAGGGGCAGGGCCAGCCCCGGCUCCCUGGGCACACCAAGGCCACGGACACCAUCAAGGACUACGAGCUGUGGCUGGAGAUGUGCAUUGCUGCCCUGGAGAGGAACGUCUCCGAGGAGGAACUGGCUCAAGUGGACAAGGCUGUGGACGCCCUGGCUAAGUGGGAAAUGUUUACAGGCCAGCUGCCUGCUAUGAGGAAGGACCUGCCCUUUGCUAGGGACAGCACUGGGCUACGCAAAGUUCUUGGAGACAAAUUUUCCUCUUUGAGGAGGAAGCUGAGUUCCAGAAAACUGUCCAAAGGGGAAUCGUCCCCUCAUCGCUGGCGGUGGGAGGACAAUUAGGCUGGGGCUGCCUUGGGCCAGCUUUGCUCACAUCACUGGCUUCCAGUCUUCCUCACUCCAAGCUGUUGCUGUCUCAGAGAAACAGCAACUCCCCCAGGAAUAAAAGGUGUUUGGUUUUCUGAGAUUGCUAACACAGUUUUGAUGU